AUGUUGCAGCUGUACUGCUCACGGCGACGCUUCCGCCAUCACGAGAGUGCGAACUGGAGGCUGGCAUGCUGGUUCGGUGUGCAACCCGGCAAGCUAGAGGAGACAGCGCUCACGGUAGGCUCACGGCGGCAGUCGUCGUUGCUUGCGACAGGAGAGAAGGGCGUGGUGUACUGCCGCAGCAAGGAACAGUGUCAGAGGAUACCAGAAGAGCUUAGAUGCGAAUACUAUCACGCUAACGUCCCCAAUCGCGCUGAACAGGUAAAGCAGUGGCUCGGCUCUGGUGGGCUGAUCGUGGCUACGUCAGCGCUGGGGACGGGGGUUGAUUACCCCGGGGUGGUGUAUAUACCACACGUGGGGAUGCCGUGGAGCAUGAUCGACUUCGCGCAAGAGAGCGGGCGUGGAGGGCGAGCCGGGGAGGAGGUUGACUCAGUUAUUGUUGUAGAGCGUAGAUCUGUGGAACGGGAGAUGCUCAAGCACAGCGACGACUUAUGCGUGCAGGCCAUAGCGCUGAUGAGCAUGUACAUGGACAGCAAGGCUGUGGCGUGCAACGACAUUGAGUCUGCUGGAUGUGACCAGUGUAGAGACACUAAGUGGCAACAGGUUCAAGAGAUAAUAGACAAGGUGCGGGCAGGAUGUGCUAUAUGCUGGGUGCUAGACAACUUGGGGCGGGACAAUCAGAGGUAUUGCGCUACAGGCAGGUGUAAGGACGGAGCUCUGUACCACUACGCCAAUACAACCAAAAAGGUGCGAAUAAUCAACCAACAGUUGAUUAUUGCGUACAGAAUAGUAUAUAUACCCGUCGCACGUAAGCACCAUCUCGGCCUUACACUAGUACCGCUAGUACGAGCAGCUGCUGUUGGGGAUGGCUGGGCAGUUGGGAUUAUCCGACAGUGCGGAUACUGCGGAAAGCUAGGCGGAGACUGGAGAGAGUUUGCAGCGUGGUUAGGGAAGCGGCAUAGGUAUUAG